UCAGUACCAGCAGCCUUGCACGUACAAGUACUCAUCAUGAUCAGUACCAGUAGCCGUGCACGUACAAGUACUCAUCAUGAUACCAGUAGCCUUGCAUGUACAAGUACUCAUCAUGAUCAGUACCAGUAGCCGUGCACGUACAAGUACUCAUCAUGAUCAGUACCAGUAGCCUUGCAUGUACAAGUACUCACCAUUCAUAUACGUGGCCAUUCUCCAAACUCGCCUCGACAGCCUCCAGUGCUCCUUCCUCUCAGGCACAACCAACACACCUCAAACACACUCGUGGUCAGCGGGAACGAUCCAAGGUUACUGUUGUGUUCAAGCAAAGCGAGGAAAGAGUGGCGUGGAGACUGGCACUGAGUCCUUGUUUAUAUCGUUGAGAUCUCUAUACAUGUCCUUCUGCGUGUGCGGGGUGGAAGGUUCGGGACCCAGAUACA